CCUCAUUCCAAAACAGAUCAGCAGCGCUCAGCAGCAAUGACCGACUUUCUGGAAGAGCGGCCGUUCGGCUCACGCUACACCAACGUCUACCUGUCCAUCUUUGCCCUGUUCUGCUUCAAGCUCUUCGUCAAAAUCAGCCUGAACAUCCUCACACACUUCUACGUGGUCAAAGGGAACCGGAAGGAGGCGGCGCGCAUCGCAGCAGAGUUCUACGAUUUUGGCCAAGGGCACAGCUCAUGGGCAGACCGAUCUCCACUCCAUGAAGCUGCAAGCCAGGGACGCCUUCUGGCCCUGAAGACCCUGCUCUCACAGGGUUUCAAUGCGAACCUCGUCACCAUCGAUCAUGUGACUCCCCUGCAUGAGGCGUGUCUGGGAGAUCAUGUGGCGUGUGCCAGAGCGCUCAUCGAGGCCGGAGCGAAUGUAAAUGCUACCACCAUCGAUGGAGUAACGCCUCUGUUUAAUGCCUGUUCUGCGGGCAGUGCCGCGUGUACAGAGGUUCUGCUGGAGCACGGCGCCAACCCGCAGCCGGAUCCAUGCCAACCAUCACCCAUGCAUGAGGCCAGCAGCAAAGGAAGGACGGCAUGUGUGGAGGCUCUGAUAUCAUGGGGGGCAGACGUGGAUUACGACAUUCCUCACUUAGGAACGCCGCUUUACAUCGCCUGCGCCUCCCGAGAGCUACAGUGCACACGGAAACUCCUAGAUGGAGGAGCUAACGUCCAGAAGGGGCGUUUCCUGGACACGCCCCUUCACGCCGCCGCGCAGAAGGACUGCCCCGAGAUCGUCAAAGUGCUGCUAGAGUUCGGCGCCAACAUCAACGCUCGAAAUCUUGAGCUGCAGCGAGCGGUGGAGACGGCGCCCCCUAGCAGCCUGGCGGAACACGUGCUACUGCACUACGAAGUUACUCCACGUGGCCUGAGUGAGCUGUGCAGGUUGUGCAUCAGAGAGUAUCUGGGACGUUCAAGACUUCAUCUCAUCCCUCAACUAAGACUUCCACCUCUGCUCCACAGAUUCCUGCAGCACAGAUAGACACCUGUGUGUCUCUCUCUUUCUACCUUUCUCUCUCUCUCUCUCUCUCUCUCUCUCUCUCUCUCUCUCUCUCUCCACUUUGCCUCUAUAUAAUUUUGUCUUUCUUCGUCUACUUAUAUUAUAUUAUUUCCUUCUGUCUUUCCACCUCUGUCUCUCCACUCUUCUUUUUCUUUUUCUGUCUGUACAUUUCUGUUUCUCUCCAGCCAUCCUUAUCCCUCUGUCUUUUUCCUCUGUCCAUUUUUUCUCCACCAAUCUUUAUCCCUCUGUCUUUUGUCUGUCCAUCUUUCUUUGCGUCUCCCUCCUCCGAUCUCUGUGAUUUUCUGUCUGUAUAUCUCUCCGUCUCUUUUCCUCUUUCCUAAUCCUCUGUCUUUUCUGUUUCUCUCGGUGUCUCUCUCCUCUAUCUUUAUCCUCUGUUUUUCUCUGUCCAUCUCUCU